AUGAGAUGGAAAGACCGAAGAACGUUCAUAGAUCAUUUCAGCCACGUCGAUCCUGUAGAUGGAGUAUUAUUAAUAUCACAAGAUAUAAAGAAUACAGAAUAUGUUUUUUUAAUUUUCACAUGUUCAUAUCGUUUUGGUCGUGAUGAUUUAGAUGUAUUAGGAUUAACAUUUCAAAAAGAAUUAUUAAUUUAUACAAAAUGUUUAUGGCCAAAUCAUUCAUUAAUUCAUGAUAAACAAUUACCUAUUUAUAAUAAAAAAAAUCAAAAUAAAAAAACAUGGAAAAAUAAAUUUAAAAGAAAAAUUAAAAAAAAAAUUGAAUCCAUUGAAGAUAUUUCAUCAAUUGUAUUAAGUGAUGAUUCAUAUGGUAUAUUUAGUCAAACUUUAACAAUAAAUGAUUUAUCACCAUUUCAAUUAAAAUUAAUUAAUAAAUGUAAUCAACAUACUAUACCAUUUCGUAUAUAUUUACCCCCAUCCAUAUCUCCUUCAUCAGUUGCUAUCCAAACAACACAAGGAAGCAAUAAUAAACCUUAUGGUAUUAAUUAUGAAUUGACUGCAUUUAUUGGUAAACGAAUUGAUGAUAAUCAACCAGCAAGUUCAACAGUAACAAUUGUUUUAAGAAAAUUAACUGCUGGACCAAAAAUAACACAUCGUCCUUUAGAACCUAUUGUUGAAUCAAUUAAAAAAACUAUCAAUUUACCAUGUCAUAAUGGUGAAUUAUUUAUUCAAGCAUCUAUUGAAAAACCGUUGUAUUAUCAUGAUGAAUCUGUGUGUGUAUCAAUAGUAUUGGAUAAUUUAUGUCAAUUACCUGUUAGGAAGUUACAAGUAGCAAUUGUACAAAUUGCUGAAAUUUAUGUCUUGACAAAAGGAACGUAUCGAUCGACAGUAGAUAAGCAUUUCUGCAAAGUUAAUCUUCCUCAAGCUGGAGAACAACAAUGGAAAUAUACAACAAUAUUAAAUACUAAUUUAACAGAUAAUCUAUUAAAACGUGGUGUUGCAUUAGAUGGUUAUAUAAGACAAGAGAAAAAUUGGUUAGCUUCAUCAACAGUAUUAAAUUUAUCUGAAAAUUUUAAAGAAUGUUUAGAAAUGAUGCAAAAUAUUAAUAAAAAUGUAAAUAACUCUACAGACCUGGUAAUAAAAGCUAAUAAGGAACUACAUGGAAUUGUAAUUUCCUAUUGUGUUCGUGUUAGAUGCUGGAUUGGAAUCAGCCGAUGUUCAUUGUACAUUCCAUUCUUAUUGAUGCAACCGGAGAAAGAAUCUGAAGAAGAAGAUAAUCAUGUAAAUUGUACAAAUAAUCAUACACUACAUGUGGAUAUCGUUCAAAUUCAUCCUUCAGAAUUAAAAGUGAAUAAUGAUGAAUUAGUGGAAAUAACAAAUGAUAAUAAUGAGUAUAAUGUAAAAUGA